CUGCGGGCCCCGCAGAUCUCACAGUGCACGGAUGCAACGCGCCGCACCGCAGUCGGCCUCCACCGCCGCGGUGCGCAGCGCAGCAGCAGUGGGGGCGGACUGAAACGCAGCCGCUGCUUUCACUGCACGAAGCGGCAGCAGCAGCAGCAGCAGCAACCACCAGAGCAGCUGUCAUGUGAAUCAGCUGGACGAACAAGGAAGCGGAUUAACAACACCACCACUCAGCCUCUCUAAAUUAAGGUUAUAUCUGGUGAAGCGGCAGGAUGGCGGGUGCAGAGGUGUACACCCCUGCAAACCCCACCUGCAAGAUAAUGACCUUCAGGCCCACCAUGGAGGAGUUCAGGAACUUCAAUCAGUACCUGGUCUAUAUGGAGUCUCAGGGUGCUCACCGCGCUGGCCUGGCUAAGGUGAUCCCUCCUAAAGGCUGGAAGCCCCGGCGUACCUAUGACGACAUAGAUGAUCUGAUGAUCGAUGCUCCUAUCCAGCAGAUGGUGGCUGGCCAGUCGGGGCUCUUCACUCAAUACAACAUCCAGAAGAAGCCUCUUAGUGUGCAGGAGUUCAGGCGACUUGCAAACAGUGACAUGUACUGUACUCCUCGCUACCUGAAUUAUGAAGAUCUUGAGAGGAAAUAUUGGAAGAAUCUCACUUUUGUCUCGCCCAUAUAUGGUGCUGAUGUCAGCGGCAGCCUCUAUGAUGAGGAUGUAGAGGAAUGGAACAUUGGCCACCUCAACUCCGUCUUGGACGUUAUCGAGGAGGACUGUGGCGUAUCAAUCCAGGGGGUUAACACUCCAUACCUGUACUUUGGCAUGUGGAAGACCACUUUCUCCUGGCACACUGAAGAUAUGGACCUGUACAGUAUCAACUACCUCCACUUUGGCGAGCCCAAGUCCUGGUAUGCCAUCCCCCCUGAGCAUGGGAAGAGACUGGAGCGUCUGGCUACAGGUUUCUUUCCUAAUAGCUUCAAGGGAUGUGAGGCUUUUCUUCGGCACAAGAUGACUCUAAUCUCCCCCUCCAUACUGAAGAAGUAUGGCAUUCCCUUUGAUAAGAUUACUCAGGAAGCUGGAGAGUUCAUGAUCACCUUCCCUUAUGGCUACCACGCUGGCUUCAAUCAUGGCUUCAACUGUGCAGAGUCCACCAACUUUGCCACUCUGCGCUGGAUAGACUAUGGAAAGGUGGCCACACAGUGCACGUGUAGCAAGGAUAUGGUGAAGAUAUCCAUGGAACCCUUUGUGAAGCGUUUUCAGCCUGACCGGUAUGCUAACUGGAUGCUGGGAAAGGAUUCGACUCCAAUCGAUCACACACAUGCCACUCCCAGUACAACACCAGAGCUGCAGAGCUGGUUGCAGAGGCGCCACAAGACCAAACCUGCUAAUAAAGGCAGUAGCCACUCUCGUAUGCGCUCAAAGCGCCUCAGAACCACAGAGGAGCCCGUUGGCCUGGAUGACAGCUCAAUGCUCGGCAGCAGCAAGAGGAAAGGCCUGGGUGGUCCUCCUGCGCCCAAGGUGCGAAGGUCUGUAGCAGGAACAAACUGCAGGGAAGAAGAGAAAGGGAAGAAAAAAGAAGCUGAGUCAAAGCACAACCAGAAUCAGAUCUCUAUUCAGCUUCCUGAUCCUUGCAGACAGAUGUGUGUGGUGAAGGUAAAUCGCGUAGAGAGUAAUAUUUUUGGAUUUUCAAACAAGGAACCGUCCCAUAACUCUCACAGCAGCUCGUUUCCCCCCCCGCCCUCGCCAGUAAAGAAUGACUUAAAGGCAGAAACAGUCACUCACGUUGACCCUCAACUCCUCUCAGGGUCAGGGGUCCCAAGCAGGACUCCUGAAGGACUCAGCCAAGGGCCUGAGGCUACCCAGAUGCAUCCCAGAAUUAAUGAGUCAAGGUGUUGCUCUGCUGAACCACAAGACCUCUCAACUUCUCAGGACGGCUCUGACAGAGUCCCUCACCCGGAGGCCAACAAACUCUGCUCAUCUCCUCACACUACAAGCACUACUGCUGAGAACGAGAUGAACCUAUGUGCCCCUGACUGUGACGCUCAGACAAAUAGUUCCUCCUGUAGAGAAGACACUUUAAGCUUAACACCAAACACUGACUGUAGCAUGGACACGGGUACUGAGAAUGACACUAACAACAAGCAGAGAAAAUGGACAAAAGUUGUUGAUCCAAAACAUAUCAAUUCACACUCCACCAAAGAAGCACUUUAUGAUCUCAAAGCUGAGCCAGUAGGGGGGGAUAGUUGCACACCAUGUUGCUCAAUCGCCCCUUCUGGACACAAUAUAGAAAAAAGCAGCAGGGAGGAAAGUCUUUUCCCUCCUCUGCUACAGAGCAAUGCAGCGGAUAUGCCACAACUCACCCCAGAGACAGCGGAUAAGGCUGGAAUCUGCCCUUUGCCACCUGUACUAACCCAAGAGAUGCCCUCCCUCACCCCCGCUGAUGAUGGAGUAACUGAUGCCCCGAAAACUACACCGUGCAGUUACCAGGCUGCACCUGUGUUACAGCGGGAGACACCAACUGGCUCUUUGUCCUCACAUGGAGCCAAGCGGAAAGAGAAAGGAACUCAAUUAAUGUUAUCAAAAGAUCCUCUUACAGUAGAACGUGCCAACAACUGGCAUUUAGAUUCUCAAUACAGUUGCCAAGUUGCAGUAGCGUCGGGUUCAGAAGGAAACGCGGCUCAUUUAACUGCCAAUGCUAUGCACAAAAUAACAUCUGGUGGUGUCCACGAAAUGCUAAUAAUGCCAGACAUUACUGCAGAAAAAGAUCAUACGAAGCUGGAAAAUCUUACUCCUGGGCAGAGUGAAGCUUCGCCUGGCCAGCUAUUUCAGAGUGAUGCGCCUCCAACAGAGCAGAAAUCCAACUUAGCUGAGUUACCAAGUAAAGAUAACUCAAAAGACCCAGCUGAGAGAGACGGCACAUUAAGUCUGAGCACAGCUGGGUCUCUAUUAACAAGUACGUCGAACAAUUUUCCCCCAGCCCCUUCCCUUCCUUUAUGCAAUCAAAAUGAGAGCCACUCAGCAUUAAAACUAAACCUUCACACUACAUACUCUCCUUCACAUUGUACUUCCACGAACCCAUACAUUGAGCCCAAACCAUUCUCCAGCAGCAUCUGGAAAAACUUCAAUUCCCAGAGUCCUGCAGUACUCAUCCAGAGUCUGCACUCAGAGCUCCCCUCUGACUUCACCCAUGACCCUCUACCUUACACCAUGUGGACUGAACCUCAGUGCAAAGAAGUCACAGACCUGGAGGACCCAGACCAAGAGUCGGAGAACCAGGGAGAAGAAGGUGGGCCUCUCACCUGGGCACAGCUCGAGCCCACCUCUCUGGUUUCAGUAGGUGCGGUGGAGCCCCUGGGACUUUGUGGAGAGUUUGAGCUCCAGAGAGGGGAAGUGGAAGGGGCUGAAGCCCUCUCCCUGUGCAGGGAGCUGGGGAGACAAAGGGAGGAAGAGGAGAGUCUACAUUCAGAUACUGGUGUUUUACCUUGUGGGAUGGGAGGAGAACAGGAUUUGGUAUCUGAUAUGGAAGAAGGGGCAUCUGAUGGUGAACAAGCUGAGCAACAACAUAGUGUCAAGGGAGAGAGUAGUAGGGACUCAUCUGAUGAGGAAGAGGAGGAAGAAGAAGAGGAUGAAAAUGAUACAAUUAACUGUGAGUGUGAGGAACUAGGCCUGGAACCUGGGGAGGUUUGUGCUUACCCUGCCCUGUCAGUGAAGAGGACCUCUAAGAGCUGGCGCCACCCACUCAGGAAACCUACUGCAAGGGCUGUAACCACUGCUGUCAAACAACAGGGCACCAGUGAUGAUGAGCCCCCUGAAGCAAGCCUGGCCGAGGAGGAGGAGCAGGAAAUGGAAGUGUGGGCAAAGCCCCUCAUCUACCUGUGGCAGAACAGGAAGAGCUGCUUCACAGCAGAGAGGGAGUACAACGCUCAUGCAGCCACCGUGCAGCCGUACUGUGCUGUGUGCACACUCUUCAUGCCCUAUUAUCAGCCUGAAGACAAAGCAGAGGAUAAAAGACCUGCCACAGAUAAGGACACUUCCAUACCUUCCUCUCCAAUUGAGGACCCCACGCAUCCCUGUCGAGGUCUGAGGAGGAGCAAGCCCCUCGUCCCAGAGAUCUGUUUCUCUUUCCGGGAGCAGAACUGUCCCCCAACUCCCACCAACCCUCUGCUACAGGAAGAUGGCACCUCCCCCCUGCUCUACUGCCAGGGCUGUUGCCUGCAAGUACACGCAAGUUGCUAUGGUGUUGCUGCAGAUGACAUCAGCAAGCAAUGGUCGUGUGAUCGCUGUACAGAAGGAAGCUUUACAGCAGAAUGCUGUCUCUGUAAUCUCAGAGGUGGAGCUCUGAAGAAAACGCAAAACGACAAAUGGGCCCAUGUGAUGUGCACUGUAGCGCUGCCAGAGGCGAGGUUCAGUGAUGAAGCCAAAAGAAGUCCCAUUGACACCAGUAGGAUCCCCAUGCAGCGAUAUAAACUGAAGUGCAUCUAUUGUCGUAAACGCUGUGCAGGGAGGCGACAGGCAGGCGCUUGUAUCCAGUGCUCAUGUGGCCGGUGUCCCACCUCCUUUCAUGUGACCUGUGCUCACGCCGCUGGUGUGGUCAUGGAGCCUGAUGAUUGGCCGUAUGUUGUGUCAAUCACCUGCCAUAGACACCAGUCACGGAGUUCGUCAGCUAAGCAGCGAGCGUGCCAGUCGGCCAUCUCACUGGGUCAGACGGUGAUCUCCAAACACAAGAACCUGCGCUACUACAGCUCCAAGGUCACGCAGAUCAGCUCCCAGAUGUUCUACGAGGUCAUGUUCGAUGACGGCUCCUUCUCCAACGACACCUACCCCGAGGACAUAGUGAGCAGAGAUUGUGUGAAUCUGGGUCCUCCGGAAGUGGGAGAAGCCGUUCAAGUGAAAUGGCCCGACGGACUCUUCUACGGGGCCAAAUACCUGGGAUCCAGCGUCUCCUACAUGUACCAGGUGGAGUUUGAGGACGGGUCUCAGGUGCUGGCAAAGAGAGAAGAUGUGUAUACUUUAGACGAAGACCUGCCUAAAAAGGUGAAACGUAGACUUUCCACGGCCUCGAGCAUGCGUUUCCAGGACACCUUCUUUACCACACAGUGCGAGAGGAAACGGCAGAGAACACCCAAUUCUCGCUUCCAGAAAGACUAUGUGGCCCUGCCAGGCCUCCGUACACCUGCCAAAAGCACAUGGGAGCACCGCAGCCACAAAGGGAAAUGAAGUCAUAGACCAGGAUCGAUGACAAAUGAAUGCACUGCAUUAACAGUGGAUGUACAGGGGAGGCUGUUUGUGUGCGUGUGUGCGCGUGUGUGUACGUUUUUUUCAGAUCUUCUUCCAUCAUUGCAACUUGUGCCCGCACAAAUUCUGUGAAUAGAUCAGGUGACACAGCUUGUGGGAACGGGUGAUUUUGGUUCGAUGGACAUACAAUUCUGUGUGUGCUUGUACAAUAUCAAUCAGUGAUCGGUGCAGAGGGGGUUUGACAGGCUGGAGAUGGUUUCUGAUUGAACAGCUGGACUCUUUUAAAAUGGGUAACAGAGGGCAUCGUUGCCUCGGUUGCCCUGUGCUUUCACAUCUGUCAGGGAAAAUAAAUGUGACUUACAAUGGCCACAUCACCCUUUUUUUGAAAAUAACUUUUUUCUUUGUACAUGGAAAAUUAAAAAGUGAGAUUUUUCUAAAUGGCUUGCCUAAGGUAGCUUUUUAGGGAUCUGUUAUUUCCAGCUUUGAUUUGAAAUAUUUAUGCACUUUGCUUGUAGUAUUUUCCUAAUGUCUUAAUGUUUCGCCCCCUGCAUGUUAAACCUCGUGUCCUUACUGCUUCUUCUGGGCCGAGUUCAAUUACACCACAAUGACUUCCUCUCUCUGCAUGUUUGUUUUCCCCCCAAUCCAUACAGACAAAAGUGAAUUGUGUCAUUUGACACUGAAAAUUAAUCUUUGCAAAUUAAAGACAGUAAAAGACUGAGACAGGAAGUCACGCUUGUGUGUUGGAUUCUGUGCCCUACUAAUGUGAAAUGCUACUGUUGCUCUGUUGGAUGAGACACAUUGUUAAUAAUUUAAAAUUUGUAUUUAUUUUUUGGCUUGCUAUAGUUAAACUAUUGCUAACUGCUGUGAGGAAAACAAUAAAAAAUUAGAUUUGUUUUUUUUA